AUGGAUGUUAUCCGUACACUCUACGCUCAGCAAAAGGCUCUCGGUAGUUUUGAGUUCUUUGAAUCCAUGCCUGAACGCAACAAAUUCUUACUCUAUGAUGACCGUCCUGAAUUCAUUCGCAGUCAAAGGCGACGGCUUAGAUCUGUCAAUCCUAAUUUUGUUGCAGAUGGACUUGGGAAGAAGUAUUAUCUAAAUGAAGAGGUAGACCUAGCAAAGGCUUUAGCUCCUGAUUCCGAUCAAGAUGUUGAAACCGAUGAUGGGGUUUCUGCAGAAGAGCAGGCUGAAGUUGAGUUGGAAGCUCCGCAUGCAGUCGUUCGAGAAUCUCUGCUGCAUUCUCCGAAUUCUUUAACCAAUGUCUACUCGCAAGAGAAGUCGGAACUUCGUCACUGGGAUACCUUUUGGUCUACAACGGCUCGGAAUGCUCGUCAAGUGACACCUUCCGAGCGAAAGCGGUAUAGGUUCCGUGAAACACAUCCCCUUGUACCAGUGCCCAUGGAUUUCGACACCUGGCAGGAGGGCGUGCAGCGACUAGCAGCCAACAGUCAUGCAUUACCAAUGGCCGUUGCAACUGAUGCUGGUCUAUCGACCGUAGAUACUGCGUACGACGCUCCUGUUCAGAGUAUGAACAAAACUAAGCGAACCUUUGAACAGUCAUUGUACUUUGAGAAAAAAGGUUACGUAGAGAAGCACAAACCACACGACGUAAAAUUCGCCCGCGUGGAAAAAUACGCGGAGCGUAUGGCGGAGAAGGCGAGAACAGUUCCAGUCCGACCUCUAGAAACAUAUUCACCGGGAUAUGGAGUCUUACCAAAAAACACCUCCUUCAUGUAUGAUGCAACCAGGACACCACCAAAGAAUGGAUAUGGUCUAGGAGAGAGGAAUGUUGGAGGUUUAUGGUUUAAAGAUAAGAAAUCGAACGGGUAUAUCACGGUCUCUGACAGUGAGGAUGAAGAAGAAGAAGAAAGAGGCUGGCAGCGCCAGAUGCAAGCAGACCUCCAGAUCGAACAAGCCUCCUCCAAUCAUGGUGUUGGUGAAUAA